GCGCGUUGCCCGCUCCACCCUGCCGCGGCGGGUCGGACGUCCGGAGCCCGCGGGUCCCGGCCCGAGAUCCAAGGAGCUGUCCUCUGCCUGCUAGCCCGGAGAGAAGUGCGUUGCGGCGCCAUCAUGCACAGUGUUAUCCCGCCUGCCCCGCGUCCUCCAAGCCGCACCUGAGCCUGGGCGUUAGUUAGAGCCCAGGGCCCGCCUUCCCGCACCAUGAGCCACGGUCCGAGUCCCCGUCUGGCUGAGUCCCCACAGCUGUCCAAGGGUAGCCUCCUGACCAUCCUGGGCAGCCCAUCUCCAGAGCGCAUGGGGCCGGCCGACUCCCUGCCGCCCACACCGCCCAGCGGCACGCCCUCGCCCGGGCCGCCGCCCGCACUACCCCUGCCUCCCGCCCCCACGCUGCUGGCGGACGGCGACUGGGAGAGCCGCGAGGAGUUGCGACUGCGGGAGCUGGAGGAGGCACGGGCGCGGGCGGCGCAGAUGGAGAAAACCAUGCGCUGGUGGUCGGACUGUACGGCCAACUGGCGGGAGAAGUGGAGCAAGGUGCGCGCCGAACGCAACCGCGCGCGGGAGGAGGUGCGGCAGCUGCGCCAGCGCCUCGACGCGCUCACCAAGGAGCUGGCGGGUGCGCGACGCGAGCGCCAGGAGGCUCAGGGCGAGUGUGAGGCGCGGGGGCGCGAGCUGGCGCGGCUGCGGGGCGCCCGGGGGACCUCGGACCAGUCGCGCGAUGAGCCAGAGCCUGAGCACGAACCUGUGCGCGACGUCGGGUCGGAGAGGCUGCAGGGCGGCCAGGAGCUGGAGCUGGUGGAGAGCCUUCUGAAGAGCAGACCAGAGGAGCCUGAGGGCUGCUGGGAGGCACGAAGCAUUGGGCCCGGGGGCCCAAGGAGCAGCUCAGGCCGCCAGGAGCGUGGCCGGCUGCCCUGGGAGGACACAGCUGCCACCGAGGAGGAGGCCUCCAAGUUGAUUGCUCUGCGGCUGCGGCUGGACGAGUCCCAGAAGGUGCUACUCAAGGAGCGAGAGGAUAAACUGGCCCUAAGCAGGAACAUUGAGAAGCUGGAGGGGGAGCUCAGCCAGUGGAAGAUCAAGUAUGAGGAGCUGAGCAAGACCAAGCAGGAGAUGCUCAAGCAACUGAGCAUACUGAAGGAGGCGCACCAGGAUGAGCUGGGACGCAUGUCUGAAGACCUGGAGGACGAGCUGGGUGCACGGUCCAGCAUGGACAGGAAGAUGGCUGAGCUGAGGGGCGAGAUGGAGCGACUACAGGCCGAGAAUGCAGCUGAGUGGGGUCGCCGGGAGCGGCUGGAGACAGAGAAGCUGGGCCUGGAACGAGAGAACAAGAAGCUGCGGGCACAGGUUGGGGACCUGGAAGAGGCGCUGGCCCGGCGGCGGCGGCAGACAGCCAGUGCACUGGACUGCGACCUGCGGGCCAGCCAGGCUGCACUCUUCGAGAAAAACAAGGAGCUGGCAGACCUGAAGCAUGUGCAUGGCAAGCUGAAGAAGCAGUUCCAGGAGAAGGUGGCAGAGUUGGCACAUGCCAACCGGCGAGUGGAGCAACACGAGGCGGAGGUGAAGAAGCUGCGGCUACGGGUGGAGGAGCUCAAGAAGGAGCUGGCCCAGGCUGAGGAUGAGCUGGAUGAGGCCCACAACCAGACACGUAAACUGCAGCGGUCACUGGACGAGCAGACGGAGCAGAGUGAGAACCUGCAGGUGCAGCUGGAGCACCUGCAGUCCAGGCUACGCAGACAGCAGCAGAAUGCUCCCCUCUUUGGGAAGAUCCGUGGUGCUCGCUUUGGCCCUGAGGAGGCUGGGGAUGGAGCCAGCGACCUGGACGAAGAUGAGGACUUGCAAAUCCAGGUGGCCUAGAGCCUGUCAGGACUGGACAGGAUGGAGCCCCCUAGGGUCCACGAUGACCUGCCACUUGAACUGAUGCAGCUGCCUAGACUUGCUUUGGGACCAGACCCUGCUCCCUGCCACGGAUGACUUUCUUCUCUUCCAGGGAAGACAUCUACAGUCCUACCUACCAGUGCCCCGAGGAAGGGAAGCCUGUAUUCUGUAUAUAUAUGUAUAUUAUAUAUAUGCCCAGGCAUCCUUGACCCAUUUGGUUUUGUAAAUGGAAGAUCACUCCAGAGCCCAGUUCAAGCACCCCCACCCACCCAGGACUUCAUACAAGGGUGAGGCAUAUUAAAGGAGGCUUGUUGGGGCCCCAUCCAGCCUGCCUCUCUAGGCCUGGAAGGGCCAGCACGGUCUAUUCAUAAUACAAUGCGAUG